AGCUGGAGGAGUAAAGAUGGCGGCGCGGGGGCCUCCGCCUUCAUUUCCCGGCUGAAGCCCUCCGAGGGAGGCGGUGGCGCCCACUCAAGGCUACCAGCAUUCUGGUGGUGGUAGUUUUGUCAGCAGCUGCGGAGGCUCGAGCCAUGGCGGAGCUGGAGCACCUGGGAGGGAAGCGGGCAGAGUCGGCGCGAGCGCGGCGGGCUGAGCAGCUGCGGCGCUGGAGGGGCUCGCUGACAGAGCAGGAGUCCGCGGAGCGCCAGGGCUCGGGGCGGCAGCUGCAGACAAGACGCGGGAGCCCCAGGGUCCGCUUCGAGGAUGGUGCAGUCUUUCUGGCUGCCUGCUCCAGCGGAGACACGGACGAGGUGAAAAAGCUUCUGGCAAGAGGUGCGGACAUCAACACUGUCAACGUGGACGGUUUGACAGCCCUGCACCAGGCCUGUAUUGAUGAAAAUUUGGACAUGGUGAAGUUUCUGGUGGAGAACAGAGCCAAUGUAAACCAGCAAGACAACGAGGGCUGGACACCUCUUCAUGCGGCAGCUUCCUGUGGUUAUCUCAACAUAGCAGAGUAUUUUAUUAGCCAUGGAGCCAGUGUGGGAAUUGUGAACAGCGAGGGUGAAGUUCCUUCUGAUCUUGCAGAAGAGCCAGCCAUGAAAGACCUUCUUCUGGAACAAGUAAAGAAGCAAGGCGUUGACCUAGAGCAGUCAAGAAAGGAAGAAGAACAACAGAUGCUGCAAGACGCCCGCCAGUGGCUCAACAGCGGGAAAAUAGAAGAUGUGAGGCAGGCUCGCUCAGGGGCCACAGCCCUGCAUGUAGCUGCUGCCAAGGGUUACUCUGAAGUUCUCAGACUUUUAAUUCAGGCUGGCUAUGAACUCAAUGUUCAGGAUCAUGAUGGCUGGACUCCUCUUCAUGCUGCUGCACACUGGGGAGUGAAAGAGGCUUGUUCCAUCUUGGCAGAAGCACUCUGUGACAUGGAUAUCCGGAACAAACUGGGACAGACACCAUUUGAUGUGGCUGAUGAAGGUCUGGUGGAGCACUUGGAGAUGCUUCAGAAGAAGCAGAAUGUGCUUCGAAGUGAAAAGGAGACGCGGAAUAAGCUCAUUGAGUCAGACCUGAAUAGAAAGUUUCAGAGUGGACUCUUCAAGAACAAGGAGAAGAUGCUUUAUGAAGAAGAAAGCCCCAAGUCCCAAGAAACAGAGGAAGAAAACAAAGACUCCAGCAGCUCCAGCUCAGAGGAAGAGGAAGAAGAAGAAUCGGAAACUGAGAAGGAGGCAGAUAAAAAGCCAGAAGCCACUGUCAACCAUUCUAACUCUGAAAGCAAGAGUCGUAUCAUGGAGCAGACCCCAGCCCCAGCUCAGAACACCUUCUCUGCCUCUUCUGCUAGGAGAUUGUCCAGUCUUUUCAACAAGACAGAAGAGCCCAAAGACGAAUCUCCUUCUUCAUGGAGACUGGGACUCAGAAAAACUGGCAGUCACAAUAUGCUGAGUGAAGUGGCCAACUCCAGGGAAGCCUUUAGGGAUCGAGGUUCUUCCAUCUACCGUUCCUCAUCAAGCCCUCGGAUCUCAGCUUUGCUGGAUGACAAAGAUAAGGAAAGAGAAAACAAAAACUAUUUUAGCACGUUGGUACCCCGGAGGCUCAGCAGCACAAGUGACAUUGAAGAAAAGGAGAACAGAGAGUCAGCCGUUAAUCUAGUGAGGAGUGGCUCCCACACCAAGCAGCUGUGGAGGGAUGAAACAAAGGGAAAUGAAACGCCACAGACAAUUGCUCCUUCCCCUUAUGUGUCAACUUACUUGAAAAGUGCUUCAUUUGGUAAAAGUAGUGACCCCACAAGUCCCUACAUUUCAGCCAAUCGCAAUUCAUCUCCUGCUACCUCACCCAUUACCAUUGGUUCAUCCACCUCUCGGGGCAGCCAGUGGCAACCUGCCUCUUGCCCUGCACCAGUCAGUACAAACACUUCUGCAUCUGUACAACACACCAGGACUCCUUACAAGUCCCAGGCUGACUCAACAGCAGAGAAAACAACAGAUGGUGUCUCUUCUAGUCCUCUGUGUGUGAUCACCAAUCGCCCUGCACCAAGCACUGCCAAUGGGGUUCCUGCUGCCACAGUGUUCUCCUCCACUGGAACGGACUCCUCUGGGGAAGCCCGGGAGAAGAGGAGGUCUUAUCUGACUCCUGUCCGGGAUGAGGAAGCAGAGUCUUUACGGAAAGCACGCUCCAGACAAGCUCGGCAGACACGCAGGUCUACUCAGGGUGUUACCCUAACAGAUCUUCAAGAAGCAGAGAAGACUUUCAGCAGGUCAAGGGCAGAGAGGCAAGCUCAGGAACAGCCUGGUGAAAAGCUUGAAGACCCUGGUGGUCUUGAUGGGAACACCAAGAAGCAGGAGCCAUCAGCUGCCCCAACAAAGGAAGGGGACAGGAGUGUAGAGGAAGAGCCUAUCUAUCAUCGCCUAAGGUGUUCAACUCAACCAGACAAACCCACAACGCCUGUGUCUCCUUCUGCAUCAAGAACCUUACUCUACACUGGUUCUCAUCUACUACGGACAGGUAGAGCUUCAGACCCUGAUUCUGAGAAUUCAGAAACCACCACAAACGCCACAGCUGCAAAGGAAAUGGACAAGAAUGAGAAAGAAGGAGCUGAUUUGGAUGAUGAGUCCUCUAACAGGCUGUCUAUCCGAGAGAGGAGGCGACCUAAGGACCGGCGAAGAGGCACAGGCAUUAACUUCUGGACAAAGGACGAGGAUGAAACAGAUGUGUCUGAAGAGGUCAAAGAAGCAUGGCAUGAAAGACUUUCUAGGUUGGAGUCAGGAGGCAGUAAUCCAACCAGCAGUGAUUCUUACAGUGACCGUGCCUCAGCAAGAGCCCGUCGGGAGGCCCGGGAGGCCCGCCUAGCCAGCCUGACCAGCCGGGUAGAAGAGGACACCAACAGGGAUUAUAAAAAACUCUACGAGAGUGCCCUGACCGAAAACCAAAAACUGAAAACAAAACUUCAGGAGGCCCAGCUAGAGCUAGCCGAUAUAAAAUCCAAGCUUGAGAAGAUGGCCCAGCAGAAGCAAGAGAAGUCCUCUGACCGGUCAUCGGUGCUGGAGAUGGAGAAACGGGAGAGGCGGGCAUUGGAACGGAAAAUGUCAGAAAUGGAAGAAGAGAUGAAGGUGUUAACAGAACUGAAAUCCGACAAUCAGAGGCUGAAAGAUGAAAAUGGUGCCCUCAUCAGAGUCAUCAGCAAACUGUCCAAAUAGAUGAGGUCAGAUCUGGGAGGAGGGGGCAGCAUUUGCUGCCCACCCCUCGUUUCUGGCCAAAAGAAGUGAAUGUUUCCGAAGAAGGGCACCUCCUUGUGAUCCUCGUCAGUCACCUCCUCUGCACUGUACAUUUUCUCUGCACUCUCAGUGUCCCAUUGCUCCUGCACUUGUAGCCCGAGUUUUAUGACAGUUUUAACUGAAGCAUGAUUGUGACUAUUUCAAGCAAUCUGGAGAAAGCUUUGUGGGGUAUACCAAGCUCAGCUGUGAACCCCCAACUUUCUGCUGCUUUGUCCACAUUGGUUUUGGUACAGAUAUAUAAGGCUUUGACCCGUAGCCUUUUAUACUGACCCACUGUCCUUUGAUAUAGGUGAGUCUUGUGGUGGCCACUCCAGGAUCCUAUCUGGGGUACCAAGAGAAAGGGCAGAAUGUGGGGUUACUCUCUGGACUGCCUCUGGAGCUAUCGCGUAGAGUCCACGGCGGUUGUGACUCUGUUGUUCACCUCUCAGGGACUGACUUGUUUUUACUUUUCUAUUGAUAACCUACAACUUCCCUGACUAGUCUUAACCUCGUUUCUCCCUUUCCACAAGGCUUAGAUGCUCCUGGACUCUCUUGCUCCUUUUCUUUCUGUCCUUUUAUGAUUUCUUCUCCCAGCCUGAUGGCAUAAAAGCUGGAACAGAGCUCCUGACCUCAGUUGUUGGGGCCGCUGUGGAAAAUCAUCACUCUGUUGCCAUGAUACCAUGACCCCGUCCCUACACAGCUAGAGGAUGACUUAGGAGUCAGCUUAUUCUCAUCUCCCGCUUGCUCGCUUACAGAGUGAUUUUCUGGGCUCUUCAAGUCAGACAUAGCAGCAUACACCUACAGUCUCAGCACUCGUGAAGCUGAGGCAGGAGGAUCAGGGAUUUGAAGCCAGCUACAUAGCAAGACCCUCUCAAGAAGAGGGAAAUCUGGACUCUGAAUGUUGAGCUUGCCUUGCUCCCUUUGGCUUUGUUUACUUUUCCACUUCUGCACCUGCUCCUAAUGAGGAAUGAAGUCACAAGUCCAGGGAGAGGGUGGGUGGAGCAGGCUAGAGAUGGAGAGAGCAUGUGAGGACACUUGGAACGCUGUGCUUGUGCUGUGAGACGAUGGGAACUUCUGGUCGCCGCGUUCAGGGGAGAGGCAGUGCCCUUCUUAGAAGCCAGCAGGAGAGUGACUGCUGGGGUAGAGACUGAAGGGGACGAUCCAGUCUAUAAUAAGACUCGUGGACUCUUAAGAGUGGCAACAUCAUCCAGCCCAGCUUCCUCGUGUUAUAGGGACCCCUCUGCUGCCAUAGCUUUGCCCUAUGGUCGGCCUUUGGUAGCUAUGCAUUUAGUGCUUAAAGCUUGGGCGCCUUAAUAAAUAAUAGAAGCUGAGGUCUGCUGCUUCCCGCCUGCCCAGCUCAUUAAAUAUGGAUGGGUGGUGGUCUCUACUUCCAUAGUUCCUUCAGUCCUUCAGAUGUCAUGGUUUUGAUGCCUGUCACAUCUUGACUCCCAUCCUCUAAAGUCUAGACAAAGGCAGCCCUUUAGGUUAUUGUGUCUCGGUCUCUAUAGAGUGGUCCAUAAUUCCAGCGCAUAGUUAAAGUGCUAGUUCUCAUGAUGAGCCAGCUGAUGUAGCUAAUGCUUGAUUUCUGUAGGCAUUUGUCCUUUGGAUCACAUUAAAGGACAGGUCCUGUAGGGCCUCAUUAUUUUGGUGUUGCCAGUGAUGUGGACCAUUCUAACACUACCUCUGUCAUUCUCUUUCAUGAGGCUGCCACUGUCCUUUUCUGUGACCCUUGCAGGCUUCGUGUACUCUUAAACAGGCUGUAACCCAGGGUCUUUGUUGCAGAUGAGGGCCGCGCCCACUCUGACACUCUUUGAGCAUGUGCAGGGCUCUCUUUGCCAUUCCAACUCUUCUGAGGAGUCUGUGUUGAGCCACUCUGUUAGGAGCACUGAGCCCAGGUUUUAGAAAGGACUGAACCACAGUGGGAAGGACCUGGCUUCUGCUAUAGGAAGCGGGAAAUGCCAACAACAUGUCAGCCAACUGGUUCUAGAAUAGCUAGGACAUUGGGGAAGAAGGGAUUGCUGCAUUGUUCUUAGGAAAAGAAAAUGGGAUGUUAGGAAAACAUUGAGUCUCCUCCAUUCAUAGACCAGGUGUUCCAGAGUUCUAUGCUUUUGGGCCUUUUGAAGUCCAGGGGCAGGCUCUCAAAACUCACACCCUGGCAUUAAUACCUGCUGCUGUGUGUGGCCUUCCAGGAAGAUUCCUUAGGACAAGUUGUUUCUAAGCUUUUCAGCCUCAGGAAUCCUGGACUUCGCAGCCAAGAACUUAUCAUAGUACAGAUGUUCCUAGGUAAUUCCAGGCACUUCCUUUAGGCCACUAAUUUUAUUAGACAGAAAAUAUUGUGAAUUUGGUCUCUUCAAAAUGAUAUUGACUGAAAGCCCCCAUGAAGGACAUAGGCCUUCUGAUAGCCAGCUAGACUCUCGGUGCUGUUCUCUUUUCCUCUGUUCUCGGCCAGUCACACACCACAGGUCUCCCCGGUGGCCACCAGCCUCACUUGCCGACUUCUUGUGAGUCAUCUCAUAGGUGGAGCUUAGUGACCCACUGUAAGCCGGUGGCCAUGCAGGAUCAGCCCUGUUGCAAGCCAGUCUUCCUGGGAAAUUCAGAUGGGACAAGAAUGUUCUCGCUGCAGCAUCGCACCCUGUGUUCUCAUUCAUCUGACAGCUUUGGGAGCAAUGUCAGGGCCAGUCCCGAGAUUCUGGGACUGGAGUUUUCCUGUUUGACUUUCAGGGGCUUCUGAGCCUUUCCAGACAGUACCUGGAAGUUCUGACUGCCAGUUUCAUCCCUGUCUCUAGGGGAAGGUGGGUGGUGCACAUUUAAGGGUGUUGCCUCAAAAGAAUCAGAAGAACAGCUCGAUCUUGGACCCACUCAGUACACUGAGUUCUCAACUGGGCUGGUCUCACUUCCUAGAACCUCCUUGUCUGUCCAGCAGUGGCCAUGUUCCCACCCCCGCUUUCCCUGCUUCUGUCCCAGGCCUCAGUCUUCUAGAUGUAAGCACUGUUCAGUGAGGCAAAGUACUGGGUUAGUCUGUGGGCCCUACAAAAGAGUAUAUUACCAGAGAUGAGAGGAGGAAGUCUCCAAGCCGUGCCCUUUGCCGGCACUCUGGUUUCUGGCCCCUUCAAGGCCUCCCCCCCCCCCCCCCCCCCCCCCCCCCCCCCCCCCCCCCCCCCCCCCCCCCACACAGACAACUGUCUCCACCCAGUGUACUGACAGUGCUGGUACUCGUGACAUCUGUCGGCUGCUUCAGGCGGUUGCAUGACUUGAAACAGAAGCCUAAUUGGGCAGCUAGGAUGUUAGUGACUACUAGCUUCCCCCAACAGGUGAGCUACAGCAUCCACUGCGGUCUCACAGUGAGGCUGGGCUGCAGGAGCCCAGCUGUCUUCCCUCAGGACCGCAGGGCUCUAGUCCAUGUUACACGCCCUUCCAGAGGUGGGCCCCACGCACAUCUCAGUUGCCAUUCUAUUCUGCAAACCUUCAUAGUUCCCUUGACGCAGGAUAAGGUGCACACAGUUAGCUGUAACCCUUGGGCAAGAAUUUUUUAAGGACCCAUGGGGCUUAAAUUUCUGUAAUUUAUUCAUUUCUAGAAGGAUGAGAACAUUUUGACUCUUAGAUUUCUGCUUUUCAAAUUUUCAAGAUCAGUCUUGUUUUCUUCCCAAACUCAAGCUGUUUAAGAUUGGGGUGUCAAGGCUGACCUCUCCUCCUUGCUGGAAAGUGGAGUUAGCACUGAAAGCAAUUGAACAGUGUUGUGAUUGUUUCCUUCCUGGUGGUUAGGAGCCUGAAGAGGUGGAGAUUGUAGCUGGUAGGGGGUGGAUAGAGCAGUAUGUCACUAGGAACCCAGCCGCCUCUCCUAGAUGUGACCAGCACUGCUUCUCCGUACCCAAGCAGCAGGCUUAACUUGGGAUUCUGUUUGGCACCAGCUAGUUCCUAAUGUUGAGCUCUGCCUUGAGCAACAAGUGUUCCACAGGAAGAGCCUAGCUUCGGCUGAGCUCUGCCUCCAAGCACUAAGCUCUCAGAAGUGGGGCAUUCUGGGGCUGUUCAAGGCGGUCUUUCACAAGAGACCAUGCUGCUGCUUCAGGAGUUCACAGACCCCACAAACCACAUGGCAUAGAAUGGUGCAGUCAGGACAAACCCUGGAGGUGGGUGCCUGCAGGUAUGAUGGGUAAAGGCAGAGGGCAGGGUCUUUGAAUGUGGAACAGGAUGGAGAUUGCAGACGCUGGGAGUAAGGAAGCCUGAUUUCUGCACCUGGAAGUGCGUUCUGUCUCGUUGAGUUCUCUCCUCAGUUCCAGCUAAGCCUGAGAGGAGAUUUUAAUCAGCCUUCCUAAUGGGUACUGACACUGCUCAGAGCGGUGGACUCUGUCAGGGACAACUAUUGAUUGCUUGUGUUCUGAUUAGAUUGGAAAAAUAGAUCAACUUCAUUAUAGCCCAGGAGCUGUCAUUGUCACAGCUACAGAGGAAUGAAGUGGUCUCUGGGGGCCGAGGAAAAACAACUGGACCCCAGCAAACCUGAGGGAAGCUGGAAGUUGUCUCCACGUCUCCUUGCAAGCUAUGGUGAAGGUCACAAUUGCAACCCAGUAUCUGAGUUGAGAUGGUGGGGGUGGGAACUCCUAAAGCCCAUGCAUUGAUGCAUGUUCUGGCCUUACCUCAGAAGACUUGGCAAUGGGAGGCUCCCUUCCAGCCUGGGGUCUCACACACACACAUACACACACACACACUUGCCAGGCUGGAGCUUUUUAAAAGAGGUCUGGUGUUUUCUUGAUUAGAAAUGAAAACUCAGAAACCAAUUUUAUCCAAGUGUGUAGCUCUGUCUCUUUUUCUCUUCCUGCACCAGCUUCCCAAAGGACUCCCAUGCAUCUGCUUGUCUCCCAGCUUGGUAAUCUGCCAGAAUGACAUUUUGUUAUUUUGCCUCUAAAUUUUCCCCUCAUGCUUCCAAUAAAAAUGUACUUGGGUGGCCCUUAAGGUAUCAUCAAGAUGGUAGCGUAUGUCCUUCCAACUAAUCAUACCCCUCCCCUGCCUUCCCCCACACUCCUCAGGCCUGGCUUCCACACUUGGGCUUGAUGGUGCUUGAGGGACAGGUUCCCAUUAAUCAGCCAAGAGUCCUGGAGAAUUUUCAGACACCAACAGCAUGUCAUUUCCCCCACCACCCACAGCCAGCCCUAUUCCAUUUUCAAGGCCCCUCAGAGACAAGAUUUGGCUUAUAGGUCUAGAUUUUCGUCGCAGGGCUGUGUCUGAGACGUUCAUUCCUUCUUUUCCUGGGGAUGUGACUGGUCCCUGCAUAAGGCAGAAAUGUCUCCUCAGCACAGGCUGAGCUAGUCUAUAUAGAAGUGACAGCCUCUUACCCAGCCAGGAGAGAAGACCCAGAAAAGGCUGGACUAUAGAGUCCUAAGAGCCUCUGAUGUGCUCUUGAACCCAGAGUGAAGGUCAGAGCAGGAUCCUGAACAGGGGACACUUGGGCCAGCACCAGCUUGUUUCUCUCCCAGGUGCUGUGUCUGCUGUUCUCAACCCUACUCUUCUGAAACCUCAAGCGGAUCCCAGCCUAGCCUAGGAUGGCAGAGUCUAGUGCAGAGUAGCUGCAGGUAAAGGCAGCAGAGGUGGGUCCAGGAGAAAGCGUCCAUCCAACAUGCUCACCUCACCAGUCACCUGCCUUGAGCCCUUGGCAGGUCCUCUUCCUGGCCUGACCUCGAAGCACAGCCGUGAUUUCCCUGAAGAGGGAGGUAACAUGCCAUAACCGCUCCCUCUGCAGCGAGAUGUGGCCUACUCUGAGGCAGUGCAGUUUAGUUUGGGCAUCACCGUUUUUCUCUAUUUCCUUCGUCCUGGUCUUGAUCACCACUUGAACGCUAGCAUUUUGCGUUUCCUCUCUCCACCCUUCACCCACACUUAUGCACCAAAUGGAGCUGUUUUCCAGCUGAGUUGUGUAGAUUAACUUCAGUCAACUGUAAAGACACCUGGAGGAGGCUCCUGAGGGAGGGGAAGCCAGACUGGCUUUGUGAACUGAAUGUAUUUUUAUGCAACUUUGAGUGGCCUUUCAACCCUGAGAUGGAUGGAUUUGCUUUACUGAUUGUUAUUAUAUGGUAUUAAGUGUUCUGUGUUUGAAAGUUUGGUAAUAAUAUUCACAUCUGUAUGAUGCCUGUAAACACAACAGUAUUUAUAAAUGAACAAAUAAAACUGUGUUUUAACUUUG